CUCCUCCAUCUUUCCCCCCUCUCUCGUCGAUCCGUUCGCCCUUGUGUCUUCCCCUCGCUCGCUUUCUGACCCUCUUUCGUUACACCACGCGCAGUUCCUCUUCAUAGCUUUACGUGUUCCUUCGAAAAUGCAGCAGCAGCAGCAGCACCCGCCGCCACCGCCUCCUUUGGCUCUCCCGUCCCCCAUCGUCCCACUCUCCGCCUCUCCUUCUUCCAUAACCUCUGCCUCGUCAGUACCCGUUCAGCCGCCGCCACCCGCGAGUCAAUCAGCACCGGCCCCUGGUGUCACCACCAGCAGUAACAGCACUACCGCUAAUCCAAGCGGGACACUCGCUUCGUCUAUCUGGGCUCCACAGCCCCAUGCAGGCGACCCCAUGUGGCCUCGUGCGCUGGACGCGUACGUUUCUCACCAUCAGCAGCAGCAGCAGCAAGGCUUCGGGCUCAGUGUGAAUCCCCCUGCGGGUGCCGGAAAUGGACGGCGGUACGCGCCUGCGCCGGGAUACGGAGAAAUCGGCGGCGGGAUGGUCGGCGGAGACGAUACCAGCAUGAGCAUGGGUAUGAUGAGUCUGCGGGAUGAUUCGAGUCACGUGGAGCAACUCCUGCGCACGCUCAACCUGAACUCGCCGUCCCCGCCGCCGUCGAUGCACCACGGACAGCCGAACCAGCAACUUACGUCUCCCCGCCAUCCAGUGCACGGCUAUGCGUCCCAGCUCUCUUAUUCUCCGCAUCGACUUCCAUCUCAAGCUCAACCGCAAACGCCCGGCUCAGCGCGGUCCUCCUCUUCCUCGUCGCCCAGCAGCGCCGGCAAGCGCGGCAAGCCUCCGAUGCUCGAUCUUAGCUUCGCGUCGUCGACCACCUCCACGUCAUCGUCUUCCGGCGCGAACACCUCUGGUUCCGGCUCCUUCUGCUUGUCGUCCGACUCGAACACGAGCGGGACGUCCGGUACGAGUGGGGAUGAGGAGGGUGGAUGCUUUGCGUAUGGGGACUCGCCUGGGCUGGGCGGCAGCGCCGGGUUCGCCGUGAGCACUGGGAUCGGUGGGCCAGGAAUGGGCUUGGGCUUGGGCGGGUUGGGGGGCUCCUUCGGCUCACCCACGAGCCAUGGACUCGGACUCGGCCAGCUUUCGCCGUCAGCGUCCUAUCCUUACCUCAAGGAGCGACUCUACACUACCGGCAACAACCAUCACUACGGCGUGAACAACAACGCAUACGAGCUGGAUCCGCCGUCGCCGGGUCAUUUGUCGGGACUGCCGCCGCUGACCAGCACUGGCUCUGGUCUGGGGUCGUUCGGCUCUGGAGCUGCUUUGGGUGGGCGGUACGGAUCGGUGUCGUCUGUUCCACUUACCCCGCCUGGUCUCGGGUUGGGGAUGGGAUUGGGGCGGGACAGUGGGGAGAGCGGACUGGGGAUGGGAUUGAGUGCCAGUAUCCACGCCAAUAAUGGGCCGGAUCUCCGCCAGGAGAAUGCCUUGUUCGGGUCGGAGUACCUCGGACGACGGGGAGCAGCAGCACGCCUGCACCAUCAGCCACAGGGCGAUUGGAUCCGGACGGGAGAGUUUCUAGAGGGGGGUGCUGCAGAACAUCAGAGGAAGAACCAGAUCUCCUCGGACUGGGAUGCGUUUGGAGUGGGGCAUGUCAGAGAGCGGACUGGCGCCGAGCCGAUCAACUUUUUGUCUCUGCUGCACCCGUCGUCCUCGCCGCCGUACGCGUCCUUCGUGUCGCGGAUCAUCAAGAGCGCCGACCAGCAAGCCAGUAUAUUCUUGCAACAGAAGCUGAAGGUGGCGGGGCCUGAGGAGCGGGGGCGUAUCGUGGACGCGAUCUGCGCGCGCGGCGCGGAGAUGAUGAUGCAUCGGUUUGGAAACUGGGCCGUGCAGCGCUGCCUCGAGGCAGCGGGCAGUGCGGACGAGCGCAGGCGGAUUGUCGGGUGUAUGCGUGGUCGGGUGGUGGAUCUCGCGACCAAUUGCUACGGGUGCCACGUGCUGCAAAAGGCACUAGACUGCGACGAGGAGGACGUGCGGCUGCUGAUUGUUUCUGAGCUCCUCCUGGGCGAUCCGGCUGCGACGCUGGUGAACAAGCACGCUUCGCAUGUCUGGAGCAAGGUCAUGGAGCUCUCGUGGACCCCGCCCGCCCCGCCCAUCUUCGCCUACGUCAACAAAGCUCUCAAGGGCAAGUGGGCCGCGCUUGCCUGCCAUGAGACCGGGUCGCUGGUUGUCCAGCACGCUUUUGAAAAUCUGGAAGAUGCUGCGAAGGACGGGAUCGUGGAUGAGCUGUUGGGACAGGGCCCCGCCGUGUUUUCGGAGGUUGCCAAGAGCCAAUGGGGCGCGUAUUGCGUCCAGCACAUUCUAGAACACGGCUCGCAGCAGCACCGGCUCAAGACACUCGAGCAUCUUCUGGGCGGGCUGCUCGAGUUUGCGACGAACGAGCAGGGAAGCAAGAGCGUCAUGAAGGCGCUCAAGGAGGGUGGCAAGGACACCCUCGACCGUAUCGUUCAGCGCAUGUGCGAGCCUGCCAAGGGUGCCUCUCGUCGUGCUCUGAUCGUCGACCUCGCCCUGUCGCUCACCGGGAGCCAGCUCAUCGCCAGCGUCCUGCCCGCUGCGGACAAGGAUCAGCGUGCCCUGCUCUACGAUUGUAUCCGUGGUCACAUCGUCACGCUCCGUGGCUGCAAGACUGGGUCCAAGGUCAUCUGGUUGUUUGACCGGAUGCGUGCUUACUACGGGUAUUGAGUGGAUACGCUCGCCCAACUUCUUAUCUCGGUCUCCUUGAAUCAGAACUCGACUGGAACUUGCUUUGUUUUUACUCAUCGAACGAUAUUGGAAUCAUGCAUCGUCUGCCACAUCUGCGUUUUGCUCCCAUGCGCACCGGUUUAUCUCUUACUCAUCAUCAUCAUCAUCACGAACUGUCUUCGCAUCAUCAUCAUGAACUGUCUCCGCAUCAUCCUGAAUUCGCAUCCAUCGUACUUAUCACAUACAUACAGAAAUAAUGCAUACAUCCUCAUACAUACAUUCAUACAUAACAUACAUACUUAGAUACAGUUAUCAGUUACAAUCAGUUAGUUAGCUAAGUACGUCCCAAGUAGAAAUCCAGAGCCAUUGCUUGCCAUGUAAUCAUCGCAGUCUGUGCACACUCAGGAAGUUCAUCUCGUGGGAUGACUGAUCUCUCUUUUUCUUUCCACC